AAUUGAAGUUUCUUUAGUUUCUCCACUGGAGUCAACACGCAGUGUAGCCCGAUCAGUGGACGAAUAAAAGCAAUAGGCUUCCCGCAAACGAAAAAUGUUGCCCAGGAGCGUAAAUGUAUGUGUUACCCUGUGUCUAUGGAUUACAGAGUUGUCGACCCAUGGAACUUUCGCUUCGAGGACCAGGCAGGAUGACUCUUUCUUCACUGGCAGCAUUUACCGAGCUAGAUGUGCCUCAAGGUGUCUCAGCCUGCACAUCACUCGCAUCUCCGCUUUUUUCAAGCACUCCCAGAAUAAUGGAUCCUUGGUGUGGUGUCAGAAUCACAAACAGUGCUCAAAGUGCCUUGAGCCCUGCAAGGAAUCCUGGGACCUGAAGGAAAACCAGUGCCAGGACUUAUGCGAGACUCUCUUUCCCAAGAAGCACUAUGAGUGUCUGACUAGCUGUGAGUUCCUGAAGUCUGUGGAGGGGGUGAAGCAGGGGGACUGCCCGGCUCCUGAUAAGGCCAGUGGUUUCGCUGCAGCCUGUGUGGAGAGCUGCGAGGAGGAUGGAGAGUGUUCCGCUGUCAAGAAGUGCUGCACCAAUGGCUGCGGACACACCUGUCAAAACCCCAAGAACCUCUACAAAGGAGCUCCUCUGAAGCCUAGGAAGGAGCUAGUGUUUGUGGAACAGCUGUCAGGAGGCCUGGAGAUCCGCUGGUCCUCUAAGUUCAACAUCUCUGUGGAGCCUGUCCUGUACGUGGUGCAGCGCUGCUGGAACUAUGGCAUCCACCCCAGUGAGGACGACGCCACAGAGUGGGAGACCGUGGCACAGACUACAGAGGAGCGCGUCCAACUGGCCGACAUCAGAGCCAGCAGAUGGUACCAGUUCAGAGUGGCGGCUGUCAACGUGCACGGGACCCGCGGGUUUACUGCCCCCAGCAAACACUUCCGCUCCUCCAGAGAUCCUGCUGCCCCUCCCAGCCCAGCCAGCCUGCGUGUCACCAACAUGACGCUGGGUGCUGAGGGGACGGUGACAGCCCGUCUCAACUGGACCCUGCCCGAGGAGCCUGACAUCCCAGUCCAUCACUACAAAGUCUUCUGGAGCUGGACCGUCCCUGGCAAGUCCCUGGUGCCAUCCAAGAAGAAGAGGAGGAAGACCACCAACGGGGCCCAGAGCUGGGUGGAUGUGGAGGGGCUGCUGACCAACAGUAGCUACACGGUGGAGCUGCAGGCCGUCACCUACUGGGGUCAGGUGCGUCUGAAGAGCUCCAAGGCGUCACUCCACUUCAGCACCUCCUCCCAGAACAAUGGCUCAGUGAAACUAGUGUCCAAGAAAGAGAAGGAAGUGAUCAUGCCCGUUGGCUCCACCCUGAGCAAGCGCCCGGCAGGCCCUCUGGAGGUCGGCACACCCUUCUACCAGGACGGCCAGCUGCAGGUGCGCGUUUACUGGAAGAACCGGGAAGACCCUCUGGUGAGUCGUUACCAUGUCCAGUGGAUGCCUGAGUACUGCAGCCAUAACGAGACCAGAGGACCAGAGAAAUCCGUCACCCAGGAGAACUAUAUCAACGUCCCGGGCCUGCUCUUCUCCUGCAAGUACAAAGUCACCGUUCACAUGCUCAAGUCCAAGAGACGCGCCAAGGAUGAGAGCACCACCUUUCUCACCCCGUCCUGCGCCACCAUCAGGAACAAGAGCCACAAACACAUCCCCUGUCCUGUGGAGGGAGCCCCAGUUCCCAAAGUGUUGGCUAAGCCAGAGAAUCUGACGGCGUCCUUCUCCAUCCAUGAGGGAAAUAUCACAGGCAACUUCCUGUGGCGGGUGUCAGGGGUCCUGGCCCAUCAACGAAUCACAGGCUUUCAGGUCACCUGGGCAGAGGUCACCACAGAGAGCCGACAAAACAGCCUGCCCAACAGCAUCAUCUCCCAGUCCCAGAUCCUGCCUCCAGACCAUAAUCUGCUGGUGGUGUCUAACCUGCGACCAGCCACGUACUACAGACUGGAGGUCCAGGUGAUAACGUCAGGAGGGGAGGGUCCUGCCUCUGUCAAGACCUUCCAGACCCCCAGUGUGUUACCAGUCCUGCAACACCGACCCAGACUCAGGCAGCACCAUCCACACCAGAAGCUCUCAGCAGAAAGACAUUGAGACCCCUUGGCCCAUCAGACCCAGUUUGGCCGGAAUCAAUGUCUUACAGCACCUUCACCCAGGGAGGGAAUUUGGUGUGGAACCACACAGCAGACCAUGAACUCUGACCCCAACCCAUGUGAUAUGGGUUCACCUUCAGGCUGCACAGAAUAUGCUUUCCCCUCACAGUCCUUUCUGAUUCAACCCACUGACUGGGCUCUCUGCACCAUACAGUCAGAUACAUACUCUUAUGUAGGACUUUUCUUUAGGACAGGUUGGUUCAUUCUCUCGUUAUUUCACUGAAGGCUUUGUGGGACAGAGCCUAAGAUGGUUAAGGAGUUCUCAAACUGUUGUCAUCCAAUUUAACCAAUUACAAAGCAACAGUAUAUUAUCAAUUCCAAUUGUAUUUCAUUAGAUAAAAUAGCUCAAAGGUUGUUAGAUUAAAAAAGGCAGAGAGAAAGUAUUGUUUUUACCAUGAUAUUCAAGCAUUUUGUUUGAAUAUCUUGGUAACUUAAGUAGGGUUGGGCGGUAUAUAUAAAUAUUGUCAGUAUGAUUUUCCAAUACAGUCGAUACAAUUUUUGGGGGUUUGAAAUACAUUUUAAUAUUAGUACUUUUUAAAUUAAUACCUUCAUUCAACUUGUGCACUAGGUAAUAGAUGUGGCAGAUCAUGUUCAUCAUUUCACCUGUUAGAUGAUUUUUCAUUAUGAAGCUUAAGGUACUAGUUUCUCAAAACAGUUGUUUGAGCCAGUCACGUGUGUUUGUUUACAGAGAAGCACAAUGAGCAAAAUGGGAGCUUCGUGAGGUAAGUCACUCUUGCAGCGCAACUUAAGUGAGGUGAUGCAAUUCUGAAAUUCUAUACUAAUGUUUGCCAGCUAAAUAUCUUAUAACUAUUAAGUUAACUAUCUAAGACGUGCCAAAUAAAUUAUUUCCAGUUUGGUUUUGCUAAUUUGCUAAUCUUAGCUAAGUGGCUAAAGUUAGCUUGAAAGAUCAAGCUUCUUGGUAACAGCAGCAGAGACAACCCCCUCCUGGAUUAUGACCCCUGCUGUCUAAUAUUUGUUUUAUGUGUUCUGCGUUUUGCAACACUUUCAUACCGUUAUGAGCUAGGUUGUCUUUUUUAGUUGUAAAUGUUUGCAUGCGCUCGUUAGCAUUUACCUAACAUCCGCUAUGAGGAUUCCUUAGUAUUUGUUAGCAUUCUGGUAAGCUACAUGUGUUGGGCUUUAAAAAAAACAAUUUGUUAAAAAUAGCGGCCAUUUUGUGGACAACCGGUUAUACCGUAUAUCACGGGAUGGCACAAGCACGGCAUGGAAGUCUGGAUACCACCCAACCCUAGUAACUAAAUUGAAGACACUUGAAUAACAGUGGGGGAAAUGCCAUACAAUUGUAAAACACAAUCAUGUAUUCAUUGAGAAAGGAGUGUUGAAUUUCACCUAUUUAUUUUACCAAGUAAGUUAAACGAUGUCCCUUAGGCAUAAUGGAAUAAUGGAACUAAACCCAGUGUAGUUUAACCCAGAAUACUUCUCAUAGUAUGUUGCAUGUAGAAGUACAUUCAGUGCUUGACUUGGGCAGGAGCUCACCAGAGCUGAGGACCUGCACCUCAAAUGUUCUACUGCUUGAGCUCCUGUUCCUCUUAUAGAAUAUAAGCUCAAAAGUAUUGUGGAGCUACUGCACCUAAAUAUAGACAGUACCAGCACCCAAAAAUGAGUACCAGCACCUAUUUCCAUCCAAGUCAAGCACUGAGUACAUUUGAUUUUAAACUGUAAAUGAAUUACCAGCUUCAACUUGAAUGCUUGUAAUGGUUUUGCAUGUCAAACGUGAGUGUUGUGUAGGCAUAAAUACGUCUGUGUUACCUCUAUGUUAGCAAUAUUUCAUUAACAGAGAAUUAUAUGGGGAAUAAUAUGUCAUGUUUAUUAAUGAAAUUAUAACUGUGUGGAAAUGAUGGAAUUGUAUGUUAUUGGCUGUAGAAAUAUUUGUUGUGGAACGGACAGUGAAUGUCUAUUUAUUUAUGUAUGUGUGUUUUAGUCUAGAGUAUUUGAACCGGCAAAACAUCUUGUAAAGACAUUUUGUAAAAAUGGAAUUGUAAAUAUAGUCUCAUGUUACAUGUUAUUUUUCCAUGGUAGAAACUGUUAAGUAAUAAAAUAAUCCUUAACCUA